AUGACUUCCCACACGUCUUCUGCUGCUCCUACUGAAGGUACCUUUCUUGUCAAGGCCGGUCUUGCCAAGAUGCUCAAGGGUGGCGUCAUCAUGGACGUGACGAACGUUGAGCAAGCUCGUAUUGCCGAGGAAGCUGGUGCCGUUGCUGUCAUGGCACUUGAGCGUAUCCCCGCUGACAUUCGUGUGGACGGUGGUGUGGCUCGUAUGAGCGAUCCGGACAUGAUUGAAGCUAUCAAGAAGGCUGUCACGAUCCCGGUGAUGGCCAAGGCUCGCAUUGGACACUUUGUGGAGGCUCAGAUCCUUGAGGCCAUUGAGAUUGACUACAUUGACGAAAGUGAAGUGCUGACCAUGGCAGAUGAGGAGAACCACAUUAAUAAGCAUAACUUCAAGGUGCCGUUUGUAUGCGGGUGCCGCAAUCUGGGCGAAGCCUUGCGUCGCAUUGCUGAGGGUGCUGCCAUGCUUCGUACCAAGGGUGAAGCUGGCACUGGCAACAUUGUUGAGGCUGUACGUCACGCUCGUGCGGUGCACCGUGAGAUCCGCCGUCUGAAGUCCAUGGACGAGAAUGAGCUGUUCGUGGCUGCUAAAGAGAUGCAGGCUCCGUAUGAGCUCGUGAAGCAGGUUGCUGCCACAGGCAAGCUACCUGUUGUGAACUUUGCUGCUGGUGGUGUCGCUACCCCCGCUGACGCUGCUCUCAUGAUACAGCUUGGCAUGGAUGGUGUAUUCGUUGGCUCAGGCAUCUUCAAGAGUGGUGAUCCGGCCAAACGCGCCCGCGCUAUGGUGCAGGCCGUGACCCACUUCCAAGACCCCAAGAUCCUCAAAGAGAUCUCAACUAACCUGGGUGAGGCUAUGGUUGGCGUGCAGGAUCUAAAAGCUGCGGCUGUUAACUUCCGUGACCGUGAGGGUGAGCUCCGUGGCGCGUGGUAA